ACAGAAAUCUUGUGACUUUUUUUUCUGUGAUGGUACUUAGAUCUUAACCCGACCAAUGCUGUACAUUAUACCCCAAAGAAGAUGUAACAGUAAAAAUACAGACCAACAUCCUGAAACUCCCAAAUAUGGAGAAUAUGAUAAUCCACCCAGAAAAGGUGCUAUUUAUGAUAAAAAGCCAUUUCCCAUUGAAUUAGAAGCUGGGAAGAAAUAUUCAUGGUGUACUUGUGGUUGGAGUAAAUCUCAGCCAUUCUGUGAUGGAUCUCAUAAAGAAAUCAUAAGAAUGACAAAUCCCAGAGCAAAAGUUGUCCACUUCAAACCUACCCGCUUUGAAGUUACAGAAAGUAAGAAGUAUUGGCUUUGUAUGUGUAAACAAACAAAUAACAGACCAUUCUGCGAUGGAAGUCAUUUAAGUGAGGAAGUCCAGAAGAAAAUGACAUACAGCUGAUUAAUGAAAUCAUAGGGAAAUUAGUGUAUAUUGCAUUUUUUUACAGAAUUUUUGUAAAUGUCAUGUGGCUUUUUUUGUUGGCCAAAGUAAGCUGAUUUUGUUUUUAAUUUAAAAAAUUAAAAUUUUGAAUAGUAAAAAACUUCUUGUUUAUUGAGUUAAAAAAAAAGCUGUUUGCUUGAACGUUAGAAAUUUAGAAUUAAAUUAUGGACUGAGCAUGUGGUUCAUAAAAUCUCAUAUGAAUUAUGACCAGUGAUGACAUGUUCAGUUUGCUCAGGCUAAUUAUAAUAACUGGUAUUUAAUGGAUGUUAGUACAACUUCUGACAAUAAAACUUCAAAAUCAAUACAAACUACAAAAUGUAUGAUGUGCUGUAAAUUGUACAACCUUUUCUGAAACACAGGCCAGACAACUAGUAAAUAUUGUAUAGGACUAUAUAAUUGUAUACAUGUAUAUGCAGAACCAAUAAAUAUUUCUGGUUUAAAAGCACAGAAAUUCAA